UUUGGAUUUUUCAGUAUAAUAUUUUUUAACGUUAAUCAUGAAUGGAAAGAUUGCUUUACGUACAUUGGAAGAAGGUCUAAAAGAUGAAAAUUACAGUGGAGUAGGAGACCCAAAGGAUCAAGAAAACGAUGGAGUAAAUGAAGUUCUAGAAAAUGAAGAAAACGAUAGAGUAGGAGACCCAAAGAGUCAAGAAAACAAUAAAGUAGAAGAAGGUCGAAAGAAUGAGUUAAAUGCAUUUCUGCAAGAUUUGCCGAAAGAAUUACGAGAUGUUUACGACGGUUUGCCUAAAGAUGGGAAAGAAUUAUUUACUAGUUUUAGAGAUAACGAAGUAAGAAAGAAAUACCUUACAACGGUACAAUCCGUAAAACAAAAACAACGUGGACAAGGAUUUCUUCGUAUCCUUAAUUUCCUUUCAAUUAAAUAGAAAUUGACGGUCGAGUUUAUUACUAUUACACUUGUUUGUGCAACUGUCAUCGGUCUUAUUAUUUGGGGUAGUUCGGGAAAUACUGAUUCAAAAUACGAAAUAAUUUCAUACGGUAUAACGUACUUGAUCCAAUCAAUUUCGAUUAUAUCAAUUUUAUUUCAUACAAAAGAAUAUAUUUUUAAUAAAGAGUUUUUUAUUGAUGUGUUUUAUAUAUUAUUGCCGUUAUGUGCUUCUGGGAUAGGAGUGGGAGUAAUGUUACAUUAUCGUGUAGAACCAACUCUAGCGAUAUCAAUC